UGUCCGAAAGUUAGAACUCCGAAGCGCGCUCGCCGACAUACUUCAGUCGAGCCGUGUCAGGCACAGCGUCGAUACUGUACGUAACUUGGGCGUCCCUUUCGGCACUUUAAAAACACGCACAAUUGUCCCCGACAUAACUCAUCGGAUGACAAGCGGAGAUCGACCGGAAACCCAAUUCAAUCGUCCUUAAUUAGGCUAUUCAAACGGUGAAAAUAAAAACUUUCCCCGAUGAGGUCCUCUUGUUGACAGCCGGUCGUGGUCGGGCAUGGUGAAAAUCCACGUGGUACCUAGUUAGAUUUUCCACGAUCGCUUAGAUGUUCAGCGGAUGUUCUUGCACGAGAAAAAGUGGGUGACAAUGGGCGCAGAGUCACCGACGGCUGUCGCCGAAAAGACUACGAUUGACCCUUGUCAAAGUAAAAAAGAACCGAUAAACCUGGUGUUGUUGGUGGUGUGUGUGUUGUGUAUUUCUUGUAGUGUUUACAAUGCAUGGCGACAGGCGCAUUUUGAGGCGAAAUUGCGAAAUUUGGAGGAGAGGGUCUUCACCAUGGAGACACCGCAAUCUUUCGAAGUUAUGGCCAGUAGGAUAAGGAGGGAAACUUUUUCCCAGAUUAAUAGGAGGAUCAGGAGGGAUUCGUACUCGGGCGGUAUUUUGAAUGACUUCAUGAGGUCGGCGAGGGAUGCACCGGAAUGUAUUUGUCCUGCAGGUCCUCCAGGACCCCCAGGUCCCUCAGGUCCUCCUGGCAAGCGUGGGAGGAAGGGUAAGAAAGGAGAUGUUGGUGAAGCAGGAGCAGCGGGUCCUGCCGGAACACCAGGCAAAAACGGAUUUCCGGGAGACAAGGGCCAAAAAGGCGAAAUGGGAUACAUGGGUUCAAAAGGAGUGCGUGGCUAUCCUGGAUUUCCGGGCCCAAUUGGUUUAGAUGGCCCAAAGGGUGAUGCAGGUCGACCUGGAGAAAAAGGUCAAAAAGGGGAAUCAGGUAGUGCAGGAAUAGAUGUUCUCCAAGCAGUGAAGCCUGGAAGGGGACUGAAAAGAUCUGUAACUACUCUUCGGGGUGGAACUCUUGGCUAUGCGGAGAUUGUUGCUGUCAAGGGACUGCAAGAAAGAGGCCAUAACAUAAGCGGUGAAACAAUCAUCACGUUGAAAGGAGAGCCUGGAGAACCUGGACCACCGGGACCACCAGGUCCUCCUGGACCUGAAGGAUUAGCCGGACACGACGGAAGACAGGGUAUGCCUGGUGAAAUGGGUCCACCAGGAGAUAAAGGCGAGCCUGGACCUGUAGGUCCUAUUGGACCACCAGGUAUAGACGGAGUGCAGGGACCAAAGGGCGAUAAAGGAGACAAAGGUGAACGUGGUUUGACAACGACAUUGACUGGGGAUCAGUUUCCAACAGGCAUCAUAGAAGGACCCCCAGGACCUCCUGGACCUCCAGGUGAGAAAGGCGAAGCCGGUCCAAUAGGUCCUCCGGGAUCACCUGGGGAGAAGGGAGCCCGAGGCAGACGUGGAAAACGGGGUCGAGAUGGAGAUGUUCUGAGUCGAGGUCCUCCUGGUUUACCUGGGCAUAGAGGCUUACCAGGCCCCAAAGGGGAUAGGGGCUUUAUUGGUCUAACUGGCUUCCCAGGUCCCAAAGGUGACAUGGGAGUAGCAGGCCCUGUAGGAGAAUCAGGAAUUAAUGGGGAACAGGGUCCUCAAGGCCCUCCUGGGUUACCUGGUAUGACUGGAACAAAAGGAGAAAAGGGUGAUUAUGGGGAUAUAGGACCACCAGGUCUGAUGGGUCCUCCUGGUCUUCCAGGACCUCCAGGAUAUCCUGGCCAGAAAGGCGAAAAAGGAGAAAAGGGAGACUCGAAAUACAAGAAGUUACGAAGAAGACAGUUCCAGGGAGAUGCUACUGCAGAAUUCUAUGGGGGUGGUGAUAUGAUUAUUGGUCCUCCAGGACCUCCCGGUGAACCUGGAAUACCAGGACUUCAAGGACCUCCAGGAAUAAAAGGUGAUCGAGGCUUGGAUGGCAUUAAGGGAGAACCAGGUGAAAAAGGAACAAGAGGAGAUCCAGGUCCCAUGGGUUUACCGGGUCCCAUGGGUUUAAGAGGUGAAGAUGGACGACCAGGUGGUUAUGGAAAACCAGGGGUUGCGGGUCCUCCAGGUCUAGAUGGAAUGAAAGGGGCACAGGGAGAACCUGGAAACAAAGGGGAAAGAGGGGAUCCUGGACUACCGGGAACAGAUGGUAUACCAGGGCAAGAGGGGCCAAAAGGUGAUAAAGGUGGAAAAGGAGAUCCUGGUCCCUUAGGCAAACGGGGAAGAAAAGGAGACAAGGGAGAUAAAGGUGAUCAAGGAGUUCCAGGUUUAGAUGCUCCUUGUCCAUUAGGAGCUGAUGGUUUACCACUACCAGGAUGUGGAUGGAGACCACCUAAGGAUAUACUUGGUCAUCACCCAUCCCCAUCACCUGUUCCUAGUUCUUCAGACUUCGACACAGAUGAUGGUGUAGAAGAAGAUACCGAAGAUUACGAAGAACCAGAAGAAGAGUAUGAGUAUCCUGAUCAAAUGAACUCAGCACUGCCGAUCUCUGCCUCCAAUAUUUAACAAGUUUUUUUUUUUUCUAAUAGUUCCCAACAAACUAACUUUAGGUGAACUGAGCAUAUACUCUACUGAGAAAAUUUCCAUACAAGUACUUAUUUUGUGAUAAGUGAUGUGUUGUGUAAAUAAUUGAUGAACAGAUUAGGACUGACUUUUCGUUAAGGUAUAACUCCACAAAACAAACGAAUUUUUGAUAACCUGAAAAUAGAUCUAUGUUCCUGCGAUUUUAAUGCCAUAUAUUGUUAAGUAUUUGUACAUAACUUAGAUAAUAUCAUUUGUAUAUUUUUCUGAAUAUUCAAUUGAGCUGUAUGUCAACAGCAAUGAAACUUAUUUUUUUUUACUUUAGCUCAUGUCCUUCCUGUCUCUACAUUGAAUUUGUUUCUACUCAUCUCAUUCACUGUUAUUGUUACAAUAGGAAGAAAUAAAAUUACUAUUCAUCCAU